AUGGCAGACCCUUUGAGCAUUACUGCCUCAUUGCUGGCUGUUACGACGGCCGCUGUCCAAUCGACAAAGUCACUUUACGAAACCGUCCAGCGCUUCAAAGGCCGAGACAAAACUUUACGUAGGCUUCAAGAUGAGCUUGCCGAUCUCACCAAUAUUUUGGAAUCAUUGAUACAAGUAACAAAUGCUGAGCAGUCCAUGUUCGCACUCCUUCAAGGUCCUAUCGAACGAUGUAGCCAAGUCUGUCGCGAGUUCAAACAGUCCAUGGAAGUUUUCGCAGGGAAAUCAAGAAUAGGCUUGCGAGAUUGGACAAAGAUGGAAUUUAUGAGAGGGGACAUGAAUGAGUUUAUAGAUACUAUCGCCCGGUACAAGUCAACGAUCUCGGUCGGUAUUGGUACUAUCACGAUGAUGCAUGCGUCUAAAAUCUCUAACCAAGUCCUCCAAGACUUUAACGAGAGGAUCCGAGAUACCGAGUAUGACCUGGAAAUCUACCUACGGCGAAUUGACGAGAAGAUGACGCAACUAUAUAUUGAGAAGACCAAUCCUUCUGGUGUAAACAUCGACCUGGAAGACGAAAGAGAGGUGACUAAGCAGUGCCUUCGCAUUUGUGAAGGGGCGAAAUCUUAUAUUGAAUCCUUAACAGACCGGGAGUCAUCUGUACUUCCCGAGACGCCCGCAAACGCCGUCGAGACGAACGUGUUCGAAGCGCAGUUGCGAACGCGGAAAGCCCUCGAUGAAUAUCGAGAUGGCUUUGCUGAGACCAUUGGCUACCUUCAGAAGCGUCUCGCUUUCUUGAUCGAGGAAGACGGUCCUGCAAAGGACAAUGCAAGAUCGGGAUUACUAGCUGAUAUCGAUGUUUCCAAGAAGUGCCUGGAGGUUUGCAAGGUGGCAAGCGAAGUUUCACGUCAGACGAUAUUCAGAAUCGGGGAGGUGAUUGCGGAAGACUCCAGCGAUCAAGUCGUGGUGACGACUUUGGCAGAUCUAUUCGACAUCAAGAAAGCGGUAUCCAAGAAUGAUUCGGCACAGUUGGUUGGUUCAAUGGCAGCGGAGAAUCUUCUGUGUCUCACCGAGAAUCGGUAUAGCAGUCGUUUUGGGACUGCGGCAGGCCACUCCGACUCUGUCGAAGUCAGCACCACCACGUCGUCGGCAGUCUCCGAGAUUCAAAAGAAUCAACAUCCGUCGGCGCUUAGAGCUGCUGAUCACGAGCAGUCUCCUGGAUCGAGAACACGACACAAUAAGCCGUCUGCCAACGAGAUGAGAAAACGGCCCAUGGAUGGUGCCUUGGACAAAGAGAAGGGUUGGAAAGAGGCUCACCCGGGGUAG